AUGAUAUCAGGAGAAAUGAAGCUAAUGUUGGCUUGCGUUUUUGUUGGCAGUGUGCUGGCUGGUAAGACGAAUCCCUAUCUUUCACUUUUUUCUGCAGGAUUGUUUUUAAUACUUGCCAUUGUAAUAUACUGCAAAGACUUCCAGGUCUUUUAAAAUAGAUAUACUGUAACCAAUGUUCAAGGCGCGUUAGUGCCAUUUUGCUUAGCAAAUAAAUUUUCUUUUCUUCUUCUUUUUUUUUGCGGAGAAAACAAGUUAAAAUCUAACUCCGGGGUGUAAAUUGUUAUCACCUUGAAAAAAGAUUAAACAUUUUGCAAAAUUUUUCCGCUUCGUUCCCAACAUCAGUGGUGUUCAAUUUGUGCGUUAUGCACAGGUUGUACUGUACAGGGAAGAGCAAUUUUCUCACUAUGUAUUCUAGAAAAUAUUUACUUAAUGAAACUUUUCCUUGAUGUUCCAAAUGAAAAUGUUUUUCUUUGCAGUUCCUGUCAGGAGAAACUUGGAGGAGAACUGCGAGAGAGGUACGAAAAAAUGAUUGUGACCCUUUUUUUUAUCUUCCCAUCGAUUUUGUUUUCCUUGUAGAACUCAGUUUCCUUUAUUAAACCUAGUUUACCUCAGCACACGAUCGUUUCUCUGUGAGACAGUUAAAAAGGUAUUAAUAUAAAUGGAUGAGCUGAAUAUUCUGUAAAAAAAACGUCAUUAUUCACCACGUCUGAUUUGUAAGAGGGGUAAAAAGGGUUUUGAUUGCAUACUUGCUAUCGUGCUGUCCGGAGGGCAAGUUUAAAAUACCAAAGGCAAUGACAGAUGGAGAGGUGACUGUGCGAAAACCUCCAGCAAAAGCAGGAAAAUCGUAUUUUCAAACUGAUAUAUCCAAUGAACAUUCUGUUUUCUUUACAAUUGCGGUUUAUCUCACAAUGUCCCUGUUUGUUCCAAAAAAGCUUUGUUCUUUAAUUUGUGUACCAUAAACACACUCCAUUUCUAUUGUUCUUGCUAAAGAAUGUUCGACUACAAGGAUAAAAAUCUUUAGCCGGUUGCAAAGUGAAAGUCGAUUCAAACAUGCGAUGUGUUGUAACUUUUUUAAGCCUUCACCGGUUGAAAAUGCAUGGAGAAGAGCCCGUUUCCGUUAGGAUUUUUUUCGCGAUCACCUAGAAAGCUUAGGUUAGUAAAGAUAGAAAGUAAAGGCCAUCCUAUCCCCGACCCCCUACAUUGAUUAUUAUGCAUUAUCCACGUGAAUACUGCUUAUCAUCUAUGCGUUCGUGUAUAUGAAAAAGCACUUUGUUCAUUGAGAUUUCCGGUCCUUUUGCUGCCCAUAAAGCUGGUGUACCUUGCUCGCUGGCGGAUGACAAUGCAGAACAAGGUUCACGUGAAAAAUUCAGUGUGCGAUUACAGGUGCUAACAGGAUUUGGAAUAUCAAUGGAUAAAAAGUAGAUCUAUACUUUCAUUUCUGCUGAAAUGCUAUCCUUUAGUAUUCAAGGUCACUAAAACACCUAAAAAUCUUUGAGACUAACUUUACUUCCAUUUUCUCAAAACAGAUCAAACGUUAACCUCAAAUAAUACUUCCAUAUAUAAAUGUCUACUAUUCUUUUCUUUUCUCUUUCGAGCAUCCAUAAACGAUCUGUGUUUGAUGGUGUGCUGCGGCGUAAAGAUUCAUCUACAGUUUAAAACAAACAAACAAACAAGCAAAUAAAUAUUGAUAAAUAGCCAAGAGCGCGGCUGCUAUUUAUCAGUGCUAGAUGACUUCGUUGUUCUUGGUAAAAUCCCGGGGGGUGGGGACUCCGCAUAUGAAAGGUAUGGGGAUGCUCGUCGUCUCGCUUAGGGGUAUAAAUUUCGGAUUUUGGUCUGACUUAGGGUGCUCUGGGCAAAACGCCGUCAUAUUUACCCGGUAAGGUCUCGUUUAGGGUUGCACGCGAAAAAAUAUGAAAAUAUCUAUAUUGUCUAUGUUUUAACAUGGUCUCUUUUAGGGGUAAAAAAAAAGCUUGGGCCACGCGCAGAUCGGUCUUCUUUAGGGGUUUAAUUCAAAAUUUCCGACGAGCAUCCUUACCCCUUUCAUAUGCGGAGUCCCUUCCCCCGGGAGUAAAAUGCAUCCGAAUCACAUAUCCGGCUGCAUUUUAACAAAGAAGACAAAGAACAGCUACUCAAAACGUCAUUGGCGAUGUGGCAUAGUUUUUCUUCAAAAUUCAACGCGGUUAGAUCGACGGCUAAAUAGACCAGUGUAUUAUUCAUUCCAAAAGACUGUGAUUCUUCUGAAUGAUGCCCAUUAAUCGCAAAAUCAAAUGAACCAAUCCUAGACGAACCAAUCACGCUUGAAGAGAUACGUAAAGCAUCAACCAUUAUUGGCAGAUGAUCAAAUCAAGCGUGUCCAUCAUUGGGCCUGUACUGCAAAUCCUUUUUAAUAAAGUUUUGAAUUCCGGCAUAUUUCCCCAGUUGUGGUCGGUGGGUUAUAUUUCACCCGUCUUUAAGCGGGUGAUAUAGACGACCCUAACAACUAUCGCGGAAUUACUGUAUGUAGUUGUUUAGGUAAAUUCUUUACCCUUUAAAUUAUCAAUAACCGUCUUACAAAAUAUCUUGACGAACACAAUAUAAUACAUAACAACCAAAUUGGCUUCCGGAAAGGCUAUAGGACGUCUGACCACGUUUUUGUUCUGAAGUCUCCAAUUGAUCUUUAUACGAAAAAUGAUAAAAAGGUAUACGCCUGCUUCGUCGACUUUCAAAAGGUCUAUGACACAAUUUGGAGAAACGGCCUUUUCUAUAAGCUAAUGAAAUAUGGAUUUUCUCAGAAGAUUAUAUUUCUGAAACGUCCCCAGCGGCGAAGAGCGAGGAAAAACGGAUGUUUUCGUAGGCUACGGUAAAAGCAAAAAGCGGGCUAAUGGCGACGUUUACUCCUUUAGGGGUACGACAGGGCUGUAACCUGAGCCCAACAUUAUUUAACAUAUUUGUAAAUAACGUUGUUGAUAUAUUUGACUCCACUUGUGAUCCCAUGAUCAUGGGUAGCCUGUAGUCUGCUACACAGCCGUUUUUAGUGUCGUCACGCAACGCUCCUCCCCACUGGAGGAGCAUUGCGUGACCACACUAAAAACGGCUGUGUAGCAGACUAGGGUAGCCUGCAGUGCAGGCGUAUUUUGGGUGGGCGAAACCUUGUUCGUGUUCGUGAUGUUGUUGUAGCCGCCAUCUUUGAUUUUAUGACAGUGGAAGAGCGGUCACGCGCGUCUAAGGGGGUGUUUCUCAUUUUCACAUUGUUUUCGGGCAGGCGUUUUCUCUUCUCUCUCCCCGCCCCCUCCCCGCUCCCUUUGACUCGCCCUAUCUCCUCCUCUCCUUGGGAAGUUUCAACAUGGCGCUUUCGAGAGCAAAUUGCGCGCUAAAAGAAAACGCCUGCACUGCGGGCUAGAUCAUGGGAAAAUGAAAAAUCAGUUGUUUACUAUAUGCAGAUGAUCUUAUCCUGCUUUCCGAAUCAGAACAUGGAUGCAGAGAUGCUUUGAUAAGUUAAGUUGUUACGCUAAGAAAUGGCAAAUGAGGAUAAAUAUAAGAAAGACAAAAGCUAUUAUUUUCAAUUAAAGUGGUAAAAUAUUUAGAAGUGAAUUCAAGCUAUACCAGCCAAUCCAAGCAACAGAUAGUUACGUCUGCCUUGGGAUAACUUUCCCGCCUUCUGGUUCUUUUUUACUGGCACAAAACAAGCUACAUGACAAAGCCACCAGGUCUCUUUUUAGUUUCCUGUCAGAGGUAAAUGUUUACAAUGGUGCAUCUGCAUACCUGCCAACUCUCCCGGUUUUCCCGGGAGUCUCCAAGUUUUUCAUCAAAUCUCCCGAUCUCCCGGUUAUAGCACCAAAUCUCCCGGAUAAAAUGGACUUUUGAGCAUUUCUGUGCUUUAGUUUGAAAUUUAGCCCAUUUUUUCACAAAAUUCGCACUUUUUUUAUUCAUUGUACAGUUUCUGGGACAUUUUUGCACAUGUUUAGGCAAUGACAAAGAUAAGUUCGUCAUUACAAUGAUGAAAGUCAUGGGAAAAUGAAAAAUCAGUUGUUUACUAUAUGCAGAUGAUCUUAUCCUGCUUUCCGAAUCAGAACAUGGAUGCAGAGAUGCUUUGAUAAGUUAAGUUGUUUCGCUAAGAAAUGGCAAAUGAGGAUAAAUAUAAGAAAGACAAAAGGUAUUAUUUUCAAUUAAAGUGGUAAAAUAUUUAGAAGUGAAUUGAAGCUAUACCAGCCAAUCCAAGUAACAGAUAGUUACGUCUGCCUUGGGAUAACUUUCCCGCCUUCUGGUUCUUUUUUACUGGCACAAAAAAAGCAACAUGACAAAGCCACCAGGUCUCUUUAUAGUUUCCUGUCAGAGGUAAAUGUUUACAAUGGUGCAUCUGUCUCAAGAGUUCUUAAACUUUUUGAUUCUCUUGUGAGCCCAAUCCUUUUGUACAAUUGUGAAAUUUGGGGUUGUUUUUAAAAUCAGUCGGGAAUAACUAUAGCAAAUUUGUCUCGACAAUUUUUGAUGAACGAAUAACACCCGAGAAUAUGCAUAUUAAACAAGGUAUGCAAAAUGGCCUUAGGGGUUCGCUCUAAAGCAAGAAACCAUGCUGUGAAGUGAAAACUCAGACGUUUUCCUCUUCAUCUUAUUAUUUACACUAGAAUUUUUAAGUACUUCUUAAGAUUACUUACCUUACAAAAUACCCAAAUUUUAAAUAGCGCGCUAGAGAUAAACAUCCAUUUAAAUAAUGUAGGUAAGCAUUCAUGGUUUACUACUUCAAGACACCUAUUACGGCUGUACCAAAUUAAGUGAUUAUACUCCAAAUCUGCCUCAUCUUGACUACAGAACAUUUCCUCACGUGGUUAGAAUGUUUAAAAGAAAUUUGUUUAAAGAAUACCAACAAUAUUGGUCGAAAAGUCUGAACAAGGAUAAAUUCGACUCCUCAGUUGGAAAUAAAUUAAGUCUGGAUAGUGAAGUGAAAAACGAAGUCAGAUUUGAAUCUUAUCUUGAUUUAAUAGAGAAUGUUAAGACAAGAGUGGCAGUAUUAACCAAAACGCGAAUUUCUUGCCACUUGCUACCUAUUGAAUCUGGGCACCAAAGAAGAUACCCGACAGCGUUAAGAGGCUUUGCCCCGGCUUUGUAAUAGAUCCGAAAUUGGUGAUGAAUUCUACUAUUUGUUGAAUUGUACCCACUCAUCACUUUCUCAUAUAAGGGGUAUCUUUUUGGAGAGCCUAUACUCGUUAAACAGCAAUUUUACGCAUAUGUCUUACAAGGCACUAUUUUUAUAUAUCAUGUCUAUGUGCGAUUAAAACAUCAUAAAUCGCGGUGCCUCUUAAGAAAAUAUUCUAAAUUAUUAUGCAUCCGAACUCUCAUUCAACUUUCUUACCAUACGAGUAGCGUAGAAGCCGUACAUAGCCAAGUAAUUUUUCUUUUAUGAUAAUAUUCAAUUGUUUCUUUCUUUCUUACUUAACUUUUAUCUUACUUUUUUCAUUUAAAUGAAAAAAGUAAGAUAAAUGACAAUAAAUUGUCAUUGUUUUGGUACUGAAAUCUUCAUGUCGAAGAUAAAGUCAAGAAAGUUUGUUUGUUUGUCCACUAAUAAUAGCCAGUUCCUUGCCCUCUUAUACUCUCCCACUUCGAGAGGUCAAAAACAAGGCGGAUCAAUCUCAAGUCACUGAUAUGCACAAGUUCUACACAAGUUCUACUUACGCACCUUGUUUGUUAUAGAAAACCGUCACGACCGUGACAGACCAUAUACUCUCAUAUGACGGCUAUAACAAACAAGCUAAGUAUGCGCUGGGAGAGAUGAUAAAGGAAUCUACAAAGCCGGCCAAUUUGAUCGUAAGAAUAAGAUGAUAGCAAGACAACCAAUAUGGAUGAAACAUUCGGACUGCCGGGCAUUGAGGCUGACGGAAUGGCCGUGUCGUGAGUCGUCAAAGUGGCUCGUUUUUCAGGGGCACCCAACGACGUUUUCCUCCCAAAUUCAUUGAAAACACUUUUUAGGCUAUCCAGAGUAUUUUCACAUCUCCAGAAAUGCAUUCUAAGUGGUGCUAUAAAAUUUCUAUCUAUUCGGUCGUCCUAGGGCAACUUGAGUCUUUUCGAAAUUACAAGGGCCUCAGUAUUAUUUUCCAGAAAAUUUUAGAUGCAAUUUUAAGUUUUACGAAAGUGAGAAUUUUUCUGAUUCCUCUCUCCAUCUUAUUUUCGAGUCCGAAAAUUUUCGGUUUCCUUUUUCUGCGAAAAUUAGGCUAACUUGGGGAUUGAAAUGCGAAAAAUUAAACUUCAGAAAAUCGUAGGGUAUUUGUUAGAUAUAUGCUUCGAAAAUUAUACAUGAAUGCAACGGUCAUCUAGAACUUUUUAGCCUUCCCCAAGCCAUAGAAAAAGUCUACGCAAUUUUUGCUUCUCCGAACAGAUAUUUUUCAGAAAACAGUCGUUGGGUGUGCCUGGAGCCUGCUUUCUAAGACUCAAUCUGUGUCGAGAGUUCAGCAAAAUGAGGUUUCAAAAUGAAAGCCAGUUUUCCUUGUGAGUUUGAUAUUUGAGUUUUUUUCUUUUUUAGUACACGGCCUUGGUUUUGCAUCUCCACCAAGAAUUAUUGGCCUGCUAUGUUGGUCGCCUUCAUGCCUAAAACCGUCUCUUUCAGUUUUCCAUCAAAGUCCAAAACAGCAUUCAAAAACGAAAUCAAG